CCUCUGGCUCUAUCACUCUCUGUCUCAUUUACACACAUACACACACACACACACACACACACACACACACGAAUAAAGACAUAUACAUUGGUUUUAGAAUUAGGGUAGCUGGAAUAAAAAGAAUAUGAUUGUAGAGAUGGCAACCUUUAUCUUAUCUCAUUUGUAGCUGGAAAUUGACUAAGUUCACUGUGCUGCAUUAUGUUGUGGAAUGGUAAUUAUCUACUUUGGUUCAACUCAUAUCCAAUUUCAGAAUUUUCUGUGCAUUGAUACUUCAAUAAUCAUCAGCAGAGGAACAAAAAGGGAAAAGUUUAGAAUUAAUAAUUAAUUUUAGAUCCUAACAUAUUAAUAGAAACAAACUAUAACAGUUUUACGUUUUGAAAAUCAAAUCUGUAAGAUUCAACUUAUUUUCCUGAUUAAUUAAUUAAUUAAUUCUAAGUGUGCAAUUAUAAUUGGAAUCUGACAAAAAAAAAACCCCACUGGAAAAGUUUCCAUAAUGUAUUUCUUAAAAUAGUAAAAAUUGCAUAAUCAAAUUAUCUCAAAUUAAUUAAGAUUUAUAUAUGUGAGCACUUUAAAUAUUUUAUGCUAUGAUUAUUAUCAGAUUUCAAUGAUUAUUUUGUUCAAGCUACAAAUGUAGCUAUACAAAUCACUGCUAAAGUAGCAGUACUGGUGUAUUAGUGCCAACCAAGUUUAAAUAAGGAAAAUAAUAUAAGUAUUCAGAUUAUUAAGAUGCUGUUUUUAACAAACAAAUUUUAAAUUUUAUGAAAAUAUGAAUUUGUAAAGGAAACAAACUUCAUUAUUAAUAUUAUGGGGAAAUUCUGUGAAUAUAUACAAUCUGACACAUGUAGAAUUUGCACAUUCGAUGAGAAACUGUGUCAAAAAUGAUCAAUUGAAGCAACUCAUUUAAUAAAAAAGAACUCUCACUAAGCAAUGCUUUAAUAUGUUUUAAAGAUAUAAUUUUAAACACUUGGAAAUCUUAUAUAUGUGAGUAUAAAAACACAUUAAAUAUUCAUAUCUUAAUUUACUUAAAAGAGUUUUAACUUCAAUUUAUUACUGAAUUUAAUAAUCAUAAACAUUGGGUAUAAAAUUACAACUUUAUUGUUAAGCAGCCAGAAGAGAAUGAAUUCUGGUAAAAUUUGAUAAUGAUUUUAUUGAAAAAUUGAAUUAAGUUCUUAAAUAUGUAACAACCUUACUAGACAUUAACUUUAUAAAUGAUAUUAAAUGUUUAUAAUAUAUUCUUUUACAUUCUAAUUCUAAUUAAUACUUCAUACAUGUAUAAGUACUUAAAUUUUCCAAAACACCUGGUCAUAAUAUAUAUAUUAAUUUUAAUUAUAAUAAAAAUGCUAAUUACUUUCAUACAUAAUAUCAAACAAUGAAAAAACUCUAGGUUGGAAGCAUGUAAGAGUUCUCAGCAUUUUCUAGAGGAAAAAUCAAAAGCAAAGAGAAGCUAAUACCUGUUCUAGGCAACAUCAGAACCUAUGAAUUGAGAGGAUGAAUGGAGGCUCAUGGACUUCAGCUAUAGAAACCAACAAGGAUGGAGACACCAGAGGUUUUAUACCCACAUUUACUACCACUAAAUAAUCAGUAUCUCCCUGGGAACACCAAAGAAACACACAUAAUUACCACUGAACAACCCUAACUCUCAUGGGAACACAAGAGAAAUAUAGUCUAGUUUAUAAAUGUGUAAAAUGAAGAAUAGUUUAUUGAUGGGAAUAUUUCAGAUAUUUUGUUGCUCACUUAUAUCUACAUAUAAGUGCAUAUGUAAUAAAAAUUCAUAUCCCAUGGCACCAUUCUUGGGUGGUAUAGAUAUGAAACAUUGCUGGUUUCAAAAUGUUUAAGGAUUGUGUCAACUUUUGAUGUCUGUUUACUUUGAAAUAUAUUGUAACUGCAGAAAAGUGCAUAUACAAGGCAUAUAUACACAGAAUUGCUGCUAGUUGUUAUAGUUUUAAACACAGUUAUUGUGCCAUUUAACCCAGGCUCAAUGAAAGUUCUCUGACUUGCUGAUAACAUUUUCAGGGAAGAAAUUACAGUGAUCUUUGAUCAUGAAAUGUAUAAUUAACUCAUCUGUGUUUGACUAUGCCAAUAGAGUGUGUACAGCAUUGUAGAGAAACAGUCUUGGGAUUUUGUGGCAGCUUUUAAAGGUAGAAUCAUAGCAAUGAAAACUUUGGUUAUGCCUGUCCUACCUAAAUGUAUACAAAAUUUGAACCAUUUUCCUCCAUUGUGAGCUGAUACGUGACCAGAUCUGCAGACAUGUAAAAUUGUGAAGUUAUUCCCUUGUCUUUAGGUAUUUGCCUCAAUGCAAAUUCAAAUGUAAUAAUUUUUUUUAUUUCUCUUAAAAUAUGUCAGUUAAUUAUUUGAUUUUUUCUCAAUUUUGGUGGUUUUAUAGAAAUGCUGAAUAGGCUCAAUGGGUUUUAGAUGUUUUAUGUCUAUUAUUCUACUCUAGUCUAUAAUUAUCUGGAUAUUCAUUGACUCCUAGCUCAAAAUUAGUUCCUUGGAAAAUUUGAAGACUUUCCACUAUUUCCUCUUCCCCCUCAUCUAUUUCCCAUUUUCUCCCCCAUUUCCAUCUCUUUCCCCCAUUCCUCAUCCUUUAUAUAUAUAUAUAUAUAUAUAUAUACAUAUAUAUAUAUAUAUAUGUGUGUGUGUGUGUGUGUGUGUGUGUGUGUGUGUGUGUGUGUGUACUUGCUUUUUUAUUAUCUUGUCUAAUGUUGAGAUUGCUGUGGAAAACCUAAAAUCAUGAUCAGAUGGUCACAGUUCUUUGAUCAUCUUCUUCUUCUUCUUCUUCUUCUUCUUCUUCUUCUUCUUCUUCUUCUUCUUCUUCUUCUUCUUCUUCUUCUUCUUCUUCCUCUUCCUCCUCCUCCUCCUCUUCCUCCUCCUCUUCCUCUUCGUCGUCUUCUCCUUCUCCUCCUUCUUUUCCUUCUCUUCCUCCACCUCUUCCUUUCUUCUUCUUUUCCCUCUUCUUCCUCCUUCUCUUGUGCCUCCUCUUUUUGUUUUUCUUACUUCUCUCUUUGUCUCUAUCUCUAUGUUUCUGUUUCUUUGUCUCUGUCUCUCUCUCUGUGUCUCUGUCUGUCAGUCUCUGUCGGCCUGUCUGUCUUUCUCUCUGUCUCAGAUGUAGAUUGAUCUGUAUCAAUUGUACUAACCCUUACUAGACUCCUUAAUAAAGCUACUAUUUUUCAAUUUUAAGAAAAGACCUUGAAAUAAUACUUCAUUGUCUUCCUUUCUUCAUAUUUCCUUUGUUCUCUCUAAAUCUGUUCUUAUGACUUGUAAUUACUUAACUUUGAAUCUUCAGUCUAUUUACUUUUCUAUUUCUCUAUAUUGUUAUUUUAAGUCUAUAAUCUAAAAUACUUUUUUAGUUUCUCCUAUCUUUGACAUUGUUUUAAUUUCUGUAAGUUACUGUUUAAUUCCUAUGACAUCUUCACUUAUAUCAUAGUAGUUGAUCAUAAUUGUUCUUUAUUCCCAUCAUUAGGAAAAGACAUUGUAUAUUCCUGUUCUUUUCUAUUUUUUUCACCUGAGUUGAAGGUAUUAUUGAGAUAACAGUUGAGUCAUUUACCCUCCAGUUACUCCUCCCAGUUCUUUUCACUUUCUCUCCCACAUGUAUCUACUUCCUGUUUGUCUCUCAUUCAAAAAGGAAAGGCCUCUAAGAGAUAACAGCAAAAUUUAACAACAUAAAAUAUAAUAACAUAAAACACACAAGCAAAAACUGUCACAUCAAAGUUGAACAAGAUAAACCAACAAAACAAAAAGAGCCUCAAGAAGGCAGAAGAAUCAGAGAGCCUCUUGUUCACUUACCUCAGUUGAAUUAGAAUUGGUUCUUAUCCUGUGGGUAGUGACCCAUUUAGAGGUAGAAUGACCCUUUCUUAAAGUUUUCCUAAGACAAUCAGACAAUAUAGAUGUUUACAUUAUGAUUUAUAAAUAGCAAAAUUAUAGUUAUGAAAUAGAGGCAAAAAUAAUUUUAUGGUUUUGGGUCAUUACAACAUUAAGAACCAUAUUUGAGGGUUCUAGCCUUAGGAAGGUUGAAAACCACUGAAUUAUAAAGGGCCUUGUCUCCUUGUGUCCUCUACCCUUUUGAAUCUUUCACAUUUCUCACCUCAUCUUCUGUGGGUGGGAUUUAGUGGAGACAUCCCACUGAAAGCUGUGUUCCAAAUGCAUCUGUUUGUUAAAUGUCAUCCGUCAACUCUUACUGUUCUCUUUAUGAUGAUGUAAAGUAGAAUAAACAUCACUGGCAAAUUUUUGUUUAUGUUAAGUUGUGACAGAAUGUUCAUCUAACUUGAGUAAUCCUGUAGGUGAAUAUAUGUGGACUACUUGAUGAAUAAUCUGUCCAAGUACCUCCGUUUGGUUUUUACUUCUUGGGUAUAUUAGAUUUGCAGAGAGGUGUCUUUUAACUUCAUUCCUAAUGCCUUGAAAUCCUGAUCACUAUAUUUCAGCCACCAGAGUCAAGAACUUAUCACUGCAAAUUCUGCCCUGUGUGUGAGUGAAUAAAGCAAUUUUUGUCCCAUUUAUUCUGAAAAUUUGCGUUUAAUUAUAUCUCACAUUCUUCAUACUAGAAUAUACAUUUUCCUCUUUUAAAAAUAUGCACACCUGACAGACUGUGUUUGAAAUAGUGGGAACACCAUACUCUAUGGUUCCAGUGUCUGUUUUGACCAUCACAUUACUAUCUUCUCUCCCAAGGGCCAAGUCUACCAAGUGGAAUAUGCCUUUAAUGCUAUUAACCAGGCUGGUCUUAUACUUGUAGCUGUCAGAGGAAAAGACUGCUCAGGUUUUGUCACAUAGAUGAAAGUACAUGACAAAUUACUAGAUUCCAACACACUUGUUGAAGAUAACUGAAACCAGUGGUUGUAUAAUGAUGGGAGUAACAGCUGACAGACUCCAGGUACAAAUGGCACACUAUGAGGUAGUUAAUUGGAAAGACAAAGGUAACUAUGAGUUUCCUGUGGACAUGCUAUGUAAAAGAAUUGCUGAUAUUACUCAAGUCAACACACAGAAUAAUGAAAUGAGGCUGCUUCAUUGUUGUUUGAUUUUUUUUUACUGGUAUAAAUGAAAAAACAAGGCCCUCAAGUGUACUAGUGGAAUCCUAUAGGUGUUAAGCCAUGACAGCAGAAGUUAAAUGAAUAUAACCAACCAGCUUCCUUGAAAACAAUAAGUGAGGAAGAAAAUUGAUUGGAUAUUUGAAUAAACAUUUAGAUAAUGUAAUUACAUGUCUGCCUACUAUUCUGUCGAUUGGUUUCAAACUUUCAGAAAUAGAAAUUGGAAGAGUUAGAGUUGAAAAUACUCGAUUCAGGAUUCUUACAGAAGCAGAGAUUGGCACUCAUCUUGUUGUUCUAGCAGAGAGACUGAACAUUGUCAUCAGUUUACCAAAUCUGUGAUGCCACUUGCCUGUGUGUUUGAUAAAAACCAACAUCAUAGAGGCUCCACAGCUUAAAAUGGAACCUCUUCCACUCCUGCCACUGAGCUGCUUAGGACUCUGUAUAAAUAAAAACAGUCCUUUUGGAAAAAUAAAUAUGUACACUGUACUUAAAAAUAAACACAUGAAAUUUUUAUGUGCUACGUUAAAACCUAACUCCAAAAUUUAAAGAAACGCUACAAUUGUCCACAUCCAUUAAAAGACUCCUUGUUAUUUUAUGUUCUCUUUUGUACCACUAUUAAAUUGAUUCUCUAUUGCUA